GUGCAGAAAGAAGACCAGGGCACACUUGUCAUGGCGGGGUACACCGCAGGUGCUCUGUCUGCAGCGACAUUCGAUUGGACACGCAACAUCCUGUCGAAGAAGCACUCAGAGAGCUUCAUUCACAAACUGGAGCUCGCUGUUUCGUCUAGUUUUACCUUGUUUUACAACAAGAUGCGUGCUGUGCUGCCAGCAGAGCUCCUUGCUGACUACGAACAGUACCUUGAGACCAAUGGCUUUCCGCGCAUGGAUGCCAACGGAACGAUGGGGGCUGGGGCUGAUGGUCGUGGAGAAUACUAUGUGCAGAAGGGCAGCGACACCAUUGUGUUUCGCCACGAGAAGCUAGCUCCUCCUGCUGGUGUCAUGGGUACGAAUUACGCUCGGUCUAUUCAUUGGGAGCGUGCACCGCACAAGUACGCAUAUUCCUGGACGACGAACCGCACCACUGAAGUUGGUGGUCACUUCUACAUCGCCACCUACGGGAUCAAGAUCGAGCAGUCGGCGAACACGUUCAUCGCAUGGCAGCCCCGCCAUGCACAUGGAACAAGCCUCAUUGGCCACAAGCCUCCAGCCAAGAAUUCCCGGCCACCGUUUGCACAACAAGGCCUCAGCUUUGUGAGUAGCAUGCGCUUGGCAUCUACGUGGCAGAAGUACAAAGCGAGCAAGAUCUCUGUGCAGCAAGCUGUUGAGGAGUAUGCUGAAGGGCUGGAGCUUGAUAUAGAGGCUUGA